AUGGGACGUGCCGGAGCCACGAGUGACGGCAGCGUCCUGAUGACUGCGCUUGUCCUGCUGCUGGCCGCUGUGGCUCUCUGGUGGGCCCUUGUCCACCGGCAACCACGGAGCCGGCAUGCGCGGACAGCGAAGAGGAGCAAGCGCCCUGGGGUCCGGCCCAGAGGCUCACGAAGGAACCGAGGAGCCACUGUGCCUCCCAGGUGCCCCAGGCCUCGGGCCACUCCUCGCAGGCGGCCGCGUGCUCCCGCGAGCCCCCCGGGAAGGCGCUGCAGCUGCGGCCCCUGCGUGGCAGUGGCCCAGGAGCUGCAGGAGCUGAUGCGGCGGCUCUGGGGUCGCAAUGGGACACGCGCGCCGCUCUACUCGGGGAUGUGGCAGGCGUUGUGGAAAGAACUGGAGGAGCUGGUGAAGCGAGGCCACCUGCCCUGCUGUGGCCCGUCCAGCUCCUCCCCACGCCUCCAUCCCUCAGAGAGGCUGCUCCCAGCAGGAUGCUCCAUCCCUGGGAGAGCAUCAAGGCCUGCAAGGAUGGCGCAGCAGGGGAGAGCCAUCCCUGCAGGAACCUCAGGCUGUCAGAGACCCUGCACCCUGCCAGGAGCCUCUGCUAUCUCUGGCAGCCUCCAUCCCUUGCAGAGGCUCAGUGAGACCUGUCAGCCUGCACAAGGUGCAGGGCCUGUGGACAGGUCUCCCAGCUCCCUUGGACUCAUGGACUUCAACGACGCGGGCGCACCCCUGAGCCUUGAGGUGGCCAGGGAAAGCCCGGAAGUCCAAACGGGAGCCCAGCCCGAUCCAGGGGAGCCUCCUCGGCUGCCAGGACGCUCUGCUGCUUCUGCCGGCUGGCGACAGCCCGAACCUGGUGGUGCAGACGAGCCUGGAGACACCAAGGAGGUUCCUCCAUCUCCAGGAAGCCGUCCCAGGACAGCCCUCGAGGGCCACGAAGGGCUCUCUACUAGCAGCUGCUCCUGGGACCCCCCUGGGCGAAGCCUCGGGCUGCGGCCCCGGCCGUCGUCAAGAGCAGAGUCCAGCCCACGACGGCGGGGACAGCGACGGCGCUGGCCUGCCCCGCUGCACCAAGGCUACUGCGGCCGCCUGGGCGCGCUGCCCUGGCCCGGUUCUGCCGCUCGCCGGCCUGUUGGCUGCGGAGCGGCGGCCGCUGGCCGGGGGCGCGCAGCUGAUGGCUCGCUCUCGACCGCAGGGCAAAAGAAGGAGCUGCAGGAGCUGUACCAGCUGGGCCCGCAGCUGAGCAGCGGCGGCUUCGGCACCGUUUUCUCGGGCAUCCGCCUCUCCGACGGGAGCCCGGUGGCCAUCAAACGCGUGGCCCGGGAGAGCGUCCUGCAGUGGGACGAGCUGCUCGACGGCACCCGCGUGCCCAUGGAGAUCGUGCUCAUGGAGAGGGUGGGCUCUGGUUGCCACAACAUCAUCCAGCUCCUCGACUGGUUCGAGCUGCCUGACAGCUUUGUGCUGGUGAUGGAGCGUCCGGAGGCAUCGCAGGAUCUCCUGCAGUUCCUGCUGGAGCGGGAGUUCCUGUGCGAGGAGAUGGCGCGCUGGCUUUUCGUCCAGGUGCUGGAGACCGUGCGGCACUGCACCGCCUGCGGCGUCCUGCACCGGGACAUCAAGCCGGAGAACCUCCUCGUGGACCCGGACAGCGGCGACCUGAAGCUCAUCGACUUCGGUUGCGGCACCUUCCUCCAGGAGCGGGCCUACACGUGGUUUGCCGGAACGCCCGCCUACAGACCGCCCGAGUGGAUCCUUCUCGGCCACUACCACGGGCAUGCGGCGACCAUCUGGUCCCUGGGCGUGCUGCUGUACGUCAUGGUCUGCGGGGACCUCCCCUUCCAGAACGAGCGUGCCAUUGUGCUGGGGCAGCUCUUCUUCUGGCAGCAGGUCUCUCCAGAUUGCCAGCAUCUGAUCCGCUGGUGCUUGGCCAUGCGCCCCGCGGACAGGCCGGAGCUGGAGGAGAUCUUGCGCCACCCUUGGGUGCUGGGCCGGCGUUUUUGA